AGCCAUGACUUAUAAGUCAGUUGUAGACGAAAUACAACUCAGACAGCCAUGACAUGGAGUGUGUGGCUAGUGCCUCUCGCCUGUUUCCUGACCUCCUCCGAAGGCUCCUUCGAGUCCUGCGAGUUCAUGCUCGAAAACAGGCUCCCUUUUACCCUGGCCUGCGAGGCCAAAUACUCCACCGAGCUGAAGCUGAGCUACCGGGACAUCUGGGUCGAGGCCAACACGAACUACUGGCUGUGGUGGAGGCGGGACCCGACGCUCCAGCUGCUGAUCUCCUUCUUUGAGUCCCCAAUUUCCCCCUGCACCAACGUCAGCCUGAGUCUGAACUGCCUCCACUGCUCGAACUCCCAGGAGCCCGGCAUCCACAUCCUGCCCGAGAGCAUCCACUGCUUCGGCUUCUCGUUCUCCUACGUCCAGGAGCUGAUGAAGCAGUGCGGCAUCUCGCCGGCCACGAAGCUGGACCACGUCGCCAUUCACUACGCGCGGCGGGUGCCGAGCCGGGAAAUCCCCUCCAGAGCCACGCGAACUACCGCUUGGACCGCGGUGCUCAGGAACCUUUGUAGGAGUGGUAGGUGGUAGGUGGUAGGGUGUUGAACGCCAAUGC